AUGCUCCGGCGCAUAUUCCUCGGUGCGCAUAAAAUCCUCCGUCCAUCGGCUUCUCCUCCGAUUUUUUCCAUGCCCGCCCGCCAUCACGGCCACAGCCACAGUCAUAGUCAUAGCCAUAGCCAUUCCGGUAUCGAGGCGGAUAUCGUCGGACGGGAUCAUCGUCAAUGUCAGAUCGCCACCGCCGUCGGGGGGGCGACGAAUGUGUUUUUUAGCGCGACGAAGAUCUGGGCGGGCUCCUCCGGCGGCUCCGUCGCCCUCAUGGCGGAUGGCUUUCACGCCCUGACGGAUAUCCUCGCCGACGUCGUCUCCUUCUCCUCGUUAUCGCUCUCUCAGAAGAAGCUGCCGCGGUGCCGAUUUCCAUUUGGGAUCGGCCGUCUGGAGACGAGUGGGGCGAUUUUCGUCUCCGGGAUCCUCCUCUUUGGGGGGUUUACGCUGCUGGUGCAGUCGUUUUGGAGUUGCGCGGCGGAUUUGUGGAGUUUGGCGGGCGCGAUGAUCCCGGAAGGGACGGCGCAGGUGUUCCACAGUUUGGCCGCCACUGCUAGGGGUUUUUUUUUCUCCAUCACGCCCCCCCCUCGGCGGAUUUAUCCGCCUCGUCGUCGUCGUCGUCUUCCGCGACGACGGGGUCGUUUCACGCGCAUUCGCAUCUUUCCACUGGCGAUCAUCACGGCCACAGCCAUUUCGAGCUCACCCGACGGGAUAGCCAAACCGGGGAGGCGAUGGUGA